AUGGCAUUCGAGAAAGAACCAAUGGGUGCUGCCGAUGUACAGCAUCUAGAGUCACCCUCACUAAAAUCUCACCAUGCACCUCCUCAGUUUCAACAAGGAAAUGAAGCGGUCCUCCUACGUAUUGACGCUGGUGCGGAGGCUCCGACUUCAGUGAAGCUCGCAAAAGACGGUCACACUGUGCUUUUACCUCAGCCCUCGGACGAUGUAAAUGACCCUCUCAAUUGGUCUUGGCGCAAGAAGCAUAUGAUUCUUUUCAUUGUGGCACUAUCAGCGUUCUGUGGUGAUUUUGGAUCGGGAGCCGGUAUCCCUUGUACUCUUCCUCAGGCUAUUGAAUGGGACAUGGACCCUGUACAUGUCAACUACGCCGGGAAUCUCAAUGUUAUUAUGCUAGGAGUUGGUGGUCUACUUUGGAUCCCGCCUACCUACUUUUGGGGCCGAGCACCCGUCCUCUUCUGGACCCAAGUUAUGGGCACCUUUUUUACACUAGGGUGCUGCCUUACACAAAGCUUCGAAACCUUUUACGCUCUAAGGGCCCUCAUGGGAGUUACCCUUACUGCUUGCCAGGUGAUCGGUCUGUCCUUUAUCAAAGACAUGUUCUUCUUCCACGAGCACGCGCGUAAGAUUGGUCUUUGGGCUGCUCUCUUCCUACUUUCUCCAUACUUAGGCCCACUGUUGGGUAAUUUUAUCAUUGCGGGGACUGGAAACUGGCGCUUGUGUUUCUGGCUUGUCUUUGCUGUCUGCGGAUUUGAUCUGCUUCUAAUAAUACUUUUCGCGGACGAGAGUUGGUAUCGCCGCGAUAUUCCGUAUGAGAAACAACCCGAGCGUGGCUCCAGGCUCCUACGCCUAGUAGGCACCUGGCAGAUUCGGGUCCAUCACGGGUACUUCAUGGAGCUGUGGCCAUCUGUCUACCGCCUGGUUGCCCUGUUGCUCAAGCCCGUGGUGCUUCCCACCUUGCUAUGGUAUGGACUCAGUUUCAUGUGGGCUAUCGGCAUCAAUAUCAUGUCAUCAAUCCUUCUUGGCACCCCUAAAGAAUCUGGCGGAUAUGGAUUCACCGCCCGAGGGGUUGGAUACAUCUACUUUACACCCGUGGUAGCUGUUAUCCUUGGGGAGAUUUUCGGACACUUCUUCAACGACUAUCUCGCAAACAGAUACACCAAGAAACAUCACGGAAUAUUCAAACCUGAAGCUCGACUACCAACAUGUAUGUUAGCUAUCUGUCUCAUGAUCCCAGGCUUGAUCAUUGUUGGGCAAACACUGGCCCGUUCGCUUCAUUAUUCUGCCAUCAUUAUCGGGUGGGGAAUGUACGUUUUUGGAGUCAUGCUUGGUUCGGUUGCUAUCACUGCCUAUGCGCUAGAUUGCUAUCCAAACGGUGCUGGAGAGGUCUCAGCUUGGCUCAAUUUUGCCCGCACCGUCAGUGGGUUUUCCGUUGGUUACUUCGAGGUUGCGUGGGGUACUGCCAGCGGUUAUGAUGUGUCGUUCGGAAUUCAAGCCGCAAUUGUUGCAGCAGCAGCUGUGAUAAUGGUUUUGCUUUAUAUCUUUGGCGAGCGUUUGAGGUCUCGCGGCGGUCCCUUGACAUUCAAAGGCACGUCGUGA